AAUAAACGAAAACAUUUUCUUCUCCACCACACGAUUUCUAUGCUAAUCAGCUUAAGAAUUAGAUUAAUGCAAGAAAUCUUUACCCCAGUUUGGAGAAUCUCUCUUCGCCAAGUCUCUCCACACACUCAACUUGUAACUCUUUUUUCUCUCUCUGUAUGUCGCUUAAAAAGCUAAGCAACUUUCUCUCAUGGAGUCGCUGCUUACAUCAUCAAGCUUAUCUCUUUACCCUUCUUCUCCUCCUCUCUCCUUCCUUAAGCUACCUUCUUCUAUCCACCACAACACGACCAUCUCCUUCUCCUGUAAAGCCUCCUCGAAUCCUACACCUGAUUCCAAUGGGAAUAAUCGGUUUAUCAGAACGAUUAAAGGCUUGGUUUCGUCUCGGCAAUGGAUGUCGCGUUUUCGAGCUUACAGAGACGAUACGGCAGCGUUUUCGGCCGGAGAUUUGAAGCAGAACGGUGGUUUAGGGAUUGCUCUUCUGAGCAUCACGGCGUCUGCUAAGGUGAAGAUCAGUCCUUUCGUGGCGACGCUCUCGGCGAAUCCGACGUUCGUGUCGGCUGUGUUCGCGUGGUUCUUUGCGCAGACGAGCAAAAUGGUUAUUAACUUCUUCAUUGAGAGGAAAUGGGAUUUGAGUUUGUUGUUUGCUUCUGGUGGGAUGCCUUCUUCUCACUCGGCUCUGUGUAUGGCCUUGACGACCUCUGUUGCGCUUUGUCAUGGCGUUGCGGACUCGUUGUUUCCCGUUUGUUUGGGGUUUAGCUUGAUUGUCAUGUAUGAUGCUAUUGGCGUUAGACGCCAUGCCGGUAUGCAAGCUGAGGUUCUGAACUUGAUUAUAAGGGACUUGUUUGAAGGACAUCCCAUUAGUCAAAGAAAGCUAAAGGAGUUGCUUGGUCACACUCCUUCGCAGGUUCUUGCGGGAGCAUUGGUUGGUGUUGUGAUUGCUUGCUUUUGUUGCCAAGGCCCACCUCGUCUCAACCUAAGAUCUCAUUAAGUUUUGUGAUUGUUUUUUUUUUUUCUUAUUCGGUUCAAUUUCUGUAUUAGCAGAAAAAAAAAACUCUGUGAUUUGAGUAUUGCUUAGCAACAUGAUUUGGCUAAGAUUUGUAGUUGUAUCAUAUGUUGUGUUCAGCAAUAGAGAGAACUCUUGGAAAUGCCAAUGAUACCUUUGUUUCAUGUGCCU